CUGUCUUCCUUGUUGCAGCCAUAUUGAUCUCUUUGGCAAUUUAUGACCGCUUCAUCAUUCCCAUGUUAGAGUACUGGAUAGGAAAACCAGGUUUCACCAAUUUACAAAGAAUUGGGAUAGGGCUACUCCUGUCCGCAUUAGGCAUGGCUGCAGCAGCACUUGCUGAGAAGCAUCGUCUAGCCAAUGCAAAGGAAAUAGCCCAAAGCACGGCAAUGCAACCAAUAAGUGUGUUCCUAUUGAUCCCACAAUUCUUGUUGGUGGGCUGUGGAGAAGCAUUCAUAUACGCUGGCCAGUUGGAUUUCUUCAUCACACAGUCACCAAAAGGAAUGAAAACCAUGAGCACCGCACUAUUCCUCACCACACUUUCUCUCGGUUUUUUCCUGAGCAGCUUGCUUGUUUCAGUUGUUAAGAAAGUAACAGGUUGGGUAGGGGACAGAAUCGACAACGGCAGGCUUGAUUGCUUUUAUGGUCUCUUGGCUAUAUUGAGCUUCAUCAACUUUUGGCUUUUUCUUCUCUGUGUGAAAUGGUAUAGAUCAAAAACAACUAGAAAGGAUCCGCCAGUAGAAAGUGUAGACAAGGGUGAAGAUGAAUGCUAAUGCAAGACAAGGGCAUCAUUUCCUGUAUCUAGGGCCAAUCCUUGCAAGCUUUUUGGACUGAGUUAUCAUCUGAAUUGUAUUCCAUAAGAUGGAUGCUGAUUUCUCUAAGUUUCCAAUUGAGUGAAAUUAUACACUUGUUCAUGCAUAUCUGUAAAUAAAUAUCUGUUUGAUGCGACAUAGUUUCUAGUGCUCACAAGAGUGAAUGAAAACUAACAAGAUUCUGA